AUGAUGAUGAUAAUGAAACUGACUUCAUUUUUUUUAAUCGUCAGGUCCUUCUCUUCUUUCUUUGCCGGAUCUAAAAACGACACAAAGGGCAUGAUUACCCAUGACGCCAUUGGUGGUCUUAUCGCUUUCGAGGUUGCCAAGGCUUACGAAGCCCACUGUGAUCAUCAUGGCAAGCCCGAUGAUCAUGCCAAGGCCAAGGAAAUGCUUAGUAGUUUGAUCGGUGCUGCAGCUACGAGGGUUGCUGAAACCAAGGGUUUGGACAACGUUGACGAGGCCAAGGAAUACGCUGAACAACAAAUUUUCGAUCAGUACGACCAAUAUUAUGUAUGA